AUGUGGGUACGUCCAAUUAAGCCAUUACAUGAAACUCAUAUUUCGACUACACCAAAUCAGAUAUGUGUACAUUCUAUUAAUGUUUGGAAUACUUUGAAUCGUGAUACUUAUCGUAUUGUAAUUCUUGCAUCGUGUAUCACUGACGUAGUUUAUGUUAGAUAUUUUACUGGUUGGAGGGACAAGAGGUUGCUCCAAGUGUGUCUACUGAGUUUAAUAGGAUUAUCUGUGAUAUCCUAUAUUCUAUAUCAACGUUUUACCAUGGCCAACCUUACAUUUUCAACACCUUUACUACAAAAUACUCCAGAUGAUGUUUUACAGGCCUAUCAGGAAUGGUUGAUACAGACAAAAUAUUGA